AUGGCCGAGAUCAUGAACAUGCCGGUCGAGUCCUUGGACCGCCGUCGCGACCGCAAAGAGAAGUCCUCCGAAGACCCCCAAUCGUCUCCGCAGCAAGAAGCACCGCCUCCGCCCCCGCCCCCUCCACCCACGCGAAGGCGCGACAGGGACGAAGGUCGAGACGAUAGGGACCUCGACCGCCCUCCGAGUCGCCGGCCCGACUACUACGAUCGAAAUCGUUCUCCUCCGCCUCCGCCUAUUCGAGAGAGGGAGAGAGAUAGAGAGAGGGGCUAUAAGCGCCGGAGCAGCCUCAGUCCUCCUCCUCCGUACAGGGACCGAAGGCACUCGCCGACUCGGAGGUCUCCACCGCCGCAGUUCAAGAGGUCCAGGAGGGAAGAUGGAGGGUAUGAGGGCAGGAGAGGGAGUCCCAGAGGAGGGUUUGGUCCUGGGGAUAGGAGGUUUGGAUAUGAUUAUACUGGAUAUGACCGUGAGAUGGGGGGUAGACCUGGUUAUGCUGACGAAAGACCUCAUGGUCGGUAUGCUGGACGGUCAUCUGGUGGCUAUGGUCCUCCUGACUGGGAUUCAGGACGCGGUGGUUUUGGUGAUGCUUCCAGCACUGGGACUACCCAAAGAGAAGGGUUAAUGUCAUACAAACAGUUCAUUCAGGAGCUUGAAGAUGACAUUCUGCCAGCUGAAGCUGAGCGCAGAUAUCAAGAAUACAGGACGGAGUAUAUUACUACUCAGAAACGAGCUUAUUUUAAUGCUCAUAAAGAUGAGGACUGGCUCAAAGACAAAUAUCAUCCCACAAAUCUACUCACUGUCAUUGAAAGGAGGAAUGAACAUGCACGAAAAGUAGCAAAAGAUUUCCUGCUUGAACUGCAAAGUGGGACCUUGGACUUAGGCCCAGGUGUCAAUUCCGUGGCUCCAAAUAAAUCAGGACAUACUAGUGAACCAAAUUCUGAUGAUGAAGCUGACGUGGGUGGCAAGCGGAGAAGGCAUGUCAGGGAACCAAAUAAAGAAAAUGAUCUUCUUUCAGCUGCUCCUAAGGCUCACCCAGUCAGUUCUGAGCCCAGACGUAUACAAGUUGACAUUGAACAAGCCCAGGCCCUUGUUCGCAAACUUGACUCUGAAAAAGGAAUUGUGGAAAACAUUUUAGCUGGACCUGAUAAUGACAAAAAUAGAGAAAAGUUGCAUGGUAGCUCCACUGGCCCUGUUAUUAUUGUACGGGGUUUGACAUCUGUCAAGGGCCUGGAGGGCAUUGAGCUACUAGACACCAUUAUUACUUAUCUUUGGCGCAUCCAUGGUUUAGAUUAUUAUGGAAUGAGUGAGUCAAACGAAGCUAAGGGUCUCCGGCAUGUAAGAGCAGAGGGGAAGAGUUCCGACAUAAUGAGUAAUGGAGCUGAGUGGGAAAAGAAAAUGGACUUGCGUUGGCAAGAAAGGUUGCAGAGUCAAGAUCCCUUGGAAAUAAUGACUGCUAAGGAAAAGAUAGAUGCCACUGCUUCUGAGUCCUUAGAUCCUUAUGUUCGGAAGAUCAGGGAUGAAAAGUAUGGCUGGAAGUAUGGUUGUGGAGCAAAGGGUUGCACAAAGCUCUUUCAUGCUGCUGAAUUUGUGCACAAACAUCUUAAACUGAAACACCCUGAACUUGUGAUUGAGGUGACUUCCAAACUGCGGGAGGAGCUGUAUUUCCAGAAUUAUAUGAAUGAUGCAGAUGCACCUGGUGGAACUCCUAUUAUGCAGCAACCUGUAUUGAGGGAAAAACCACAGAGACGUAGGCCAGGUGUGGAGAAUAGAUUGAAAGACGAACGUGGUAAUCGUAGAGAACGAGAAAAUCGAGUCAAUGGUGGCGAGAGAUAUGAUAGGUCUGAUAACAUGCAAUCAAGUGAAUUUCAGUCCAACAAUGAUGGUCCGGAAGGAGGAAAUCUCGACGAACCAAUGUUUGAUAAUUUUGGUGGACAAGGAGUACGUGUUGGUCCUCCUUUUCCGUCAGAUAUACCCCCACCACCUGUAUUGAUGCCUGUGCCUGGUGCUGGUCCGCUAGGACCUUUUGUUCCUGCUCCACCUGAAGUUGCAAUGCAAAUGUUGCGAGAACAAGGUGGUCCUCCACCUUUUGAAGGCAGUGGUAGAAAUGUGUGGUCUGGACCCCAAAUGAGUGGGCCAGCCCCAAUUCUUGCUUUGUCUCCAGCUUUUCGACAGGAUCCUCGUCGUUUAAGAAGUUACCAAGAUCUAGAUGCCCCAGAAGAUGAAGUCACAGUGAUAGACUACAGGAGCUUGUAG